CUCAUCACAAACUUUGUAUACAACCACAGCUGGUUAUUAGCAGCAAUGCGCGAGAGGUGUGGUGGGGAUAUAGUGCGCCCCAGAGCGACGCGGUUCGCCACAAAUUAUAUUGCCUUAAGUAGCCUUCUCAAACACAAACAGGGGUUACGAGAGCUUUUCGCCUCUCAUGAUUACGUAAAAUGGAAAAAGAGGUUGACAAAAGUAACCUAUAGAAUUGAGGAGCUGGUGCUGGGAAAUUCAUUUUGGGAUAAAGUGCGUGGUGUUGUGAGUAUUAUAGAGCCUAUUUAUGUGGUGUUGAGGAUGGUGGACAAUGAGACAAAUCCGUCAAUGGGGUCGUUGUAUCCGUCUAUACAACUGAUGAAAGAGGCUAUCAUGGUUAAAGCUCCCAAUGCAUAUAAGUGGGUGCAUGCAAUAAUAGACGAUCGUUGGGAAAGGACGCUUUCUCACCCACUACAUCAGGCUGCAUAUUUCCUAAAUCCCAAAUACCACUACAGCCAGAACCUCUUCGAUGAUAAUUCAUUAAAAAGGGUUGUGCAUGAGGUGUACGAUCACUUAUUCCCCGACUGUCCAGGGAAAGGCACCUUUGGUAGUGAGAUUGUUAAAUUCCGCGACGCAGUUGGGAUGUUUAGGUGUCACCCUGCAGUGAAGUCAAGGAACGCCAUGAUGCCACGUGAGUCACUGUAGUAAACUUAACUUUUAUAUUAUUUUGGAAAAUCUAGGAUAAUGAAAGAAUCUUAUGAUAUGCAGGCGAAUGGUGGUCUAUGUAUGGGACUGACUGUGAGGUUUUACAACGACUGGCUGUCCGUGUGCUUGCACAGACGGUGUCCUCGUCACCCUGUGAAAGGAAUUGGAGUACAUUCUCCCUCAUACAUACAAAUAAACGUAAUAGAAUAGGGUAUGAGAGGCUUCAGAAGCUAGUGUAUUGUCACUACAAUAUAAAGUUACAAGAGAGGUUGCUCCGCUCGGAAAGAAGAAGAAAAGCACAGGAAGACCCACUGGACCUGAUGACAGUCGGACAGCAAGCAUAUGCUGAGGAUGCGGAGGAUGACCUAGUUUACCAGUGGGUUAGGUUGGAUGACUUAGAUACCUCGGAUGGGCGACCAGAGCCACAUAUUGCGGCAGAAGCAGAGACACAAGGAAUUGAUGUUGACAAACAUGUGGAGCAGCAGAGGUCUCCUGAUGAGGCAUUCGACCCAUUAACGAGGAGUCCGGAGGGCAGCCCACGGCAGUCACUAUCACGCGGGACACGU